AAUUUUGUACCGUCUUUGGGUAGGCAGACCUCCCUGACGACAUCAGUGAUGCCCCGAGCAGAGCAGAGCAUGGCUUACGAAGACUUUAUUUAUUUUACUGUUCUUGAAGGAAAUGUCCGCAACGUGUCUGAAGUCGCGGUUGAGUAUUUAUGCUCCCAGCCUUGUGUUGUCAAUUUGGAAGCGGUCGUUUCAUCCGACUUCAGAAGCAGCAUCCCUGUGUACAAAAAAAGGUGGAAAAACGAGAAGCAUCUUCACACCAGCAGGACCCAAAUAGUACAUGUGAAAUUUCCAAGCAUUAUGGUUUACAGAGACGACUAUUUCAUCAGACACUCCAUUUCCGUGUCUGCAGUGAUACUACGAGCCUGGAUUACUCACAGAUACGGAGGCACAGACUUGAAUGUUAAAUGGGAGGAGAACUUGCCGCACACCGUGGCGAAGAACUACACUCUGCUGAAGACGGUCCCACCGUUCCAGCGCCCUUUCAAAGAUCAUCAGGUGUGCCUUGGUUGGAACAUGGGCUAUGUUUGGAAGCUUUGGGCACACAGGAUUCCACAGUGUCCUCUGGAGAACGAUGUGGUUGCCUUCCUCGACUUUCCCUAUGCCUCCAGUGGCGAAAACACGGGCAUCGUGAAGAAGCUCCUGAGGUUUCAGAACCGAGAGCUGGAGGCCACCCGAUGCCAGCGGAUGGAUUACCCAGUGUUUACUGUUUCAUUGUGGCUUUAUUUACUCCAUUAUUGCAAGGCCAAUCUCUGCGGGAUUCUGUACUUUGUUGAUUCUAAUGAGAUGUAUGGCACACCUUCUGUGUUUCUUACUGAGGAAGGUCAUUUGCAUAUUCAAAUGCAUCUUGUCCAAGGAGAAGACCUUGCUGUAAAAACUAAAUUCACUGUCCCUCUGAAGGAGUGGUUUCGACUGGAUAUCUCUUUUACUGGAGGCCAGAUAGUGGUAACCACCAGCACUGGACAGGAUUUGAAAAGCUACCAUAAUCAGACUAUUAGCUUCUACGAAGAUUUCCAUUACAAUGACACAGCUGGGUACUUCAUUAUUGGAGGGAGCAGGUACGUGGCAGGCAUUGAAGGAUUCUUUGGACCCCUGAAGUACUAUCGCCUCCGCAACCUGCACCCCACACAGAUCCUUAAUCCCUUCCUUGAAAAGCAACUUGCUGAACAAAUCGAGUUAUAUUAUGAGCGGUGUGCUGAGGUUCAAGAAAUAAUAUCCGUGUAUGUAUCCACGGUCCAGCUUGGCGGUGAGCGACAGGAAGCGUGUGAGCCCCGCAACUCCUACCUGGACCUCAGGCGCAGGUAUGGGAGACCCUUGACGUGCAGAGCCUUCCCCUGGGAGAAGGGGCUGAAAGACAAGCACCCCACCUUGCUCCAGGCCUUGCUGGAGAUGGAUUUGCUGACCGUGUCAAGAAGCCAAAAUGAAUCUGUAUUAGAAAUCGGUAGGAGGAUAUUUGAGAAGGCUGUAAAGAGACUCUCCAGUGUAGAUGGUCUUCACCAAAUCAGCUCUGUCGUCCCCUUCCUGAUGGAUUCCAGCUGCUGUGGAUACCAUAAGGCAUCCUACUACCUCGCAGUCUUCUAUGAAACUGGAUUAAAUGUACCUCGGGAUCCGCUGCAGGGCAUGUUGUACAGUUUGGUUGGAGGCCAGGGCAGCGAGAGGCUGUCAUCGAUGAACCUUGGGUACAAACACUACCAGGGUAUUGACAACUAUCCCCUGGACUGGGAGCUGUCCUACGCCUACUACAGCAGCAUUGCCACGAAGACCCCCCUGGACCAGCACACACUGCAGGGAGAUCAGGCAUAUGUUGAAACCAUUAGAUUAAAAGAUGAUGAAAUACUCAAGGUGCAAACCAAAGAAGAUGGAGACGUCUUUAUGUGGCUGAAGCAUGAAGCUACCCGAGGCAACGCAGCUGCUCAGCAACGAUUGGCCCAGAUGUUGUUCUGGGGCCAGCAGGGUGUGGCCAAGAACCCCGAAGCUGCCAUCGAGUGGUACGCCAAGGGCGCUCUGGAGACCGAGGACCCCGCCCUCAUAUAUGACUACGCCAUCGUGUUGUUCAAGGGUCAAGGAGUGAAAAAGAACAGACGGCUUGCCUUGGAGCUGAUGAAGAAAGCGGCCUCCAAGGGAUUGCAUCAAGCAGUCAAUGGCCUGGGAUGGUAUUACCACAAAUUCAAGAAAAAUUAUACCAAAGCGGCCAAGUACUGGUUAAAAGCAGAAGAAAUGGGGAACCCAGACGCCUCGUACAAUCUCGGAGUCCUGUAUUUGGAUGGCAUUUUCCCAGGAGCUCCUGGAAGGAAUCUGACGUUAGCUGGUGAAUAUUUCCACAAGGCUGCACAAGGGGGACACAUCGAAGGGACCUUGUGGUGCUCUCUCUACUACAUCACAGGCAACCUGGAGACAUUCCCUAGGGAUCCCGAGAAGGCCGUGGUAUGGGCAAAGCACGUUGCUGAAAAAAAUGGAUACUUGGGCCAUGUCAUCCGCAGGGCCCUCAACGCCUACUUGGAGGGCUUCUGGCAUGAAGCCUUGCUGUAUUAUGUUUUAGCAGCAGAAACUGGAAUUGAAGUGUCACAGACAAAUUUAGCACACAUCUGUGAGGAGAGGCCAGACCUGGCUGGGAGAUACUUGGGUGUGAAUUGUGUUUGGAGAUACUAUAAUUUCUCUGUUUUCCAAAUCGAUGCUCCUUCAUUUGCAUAUUUGAAAAUGGGAGACCUGUACUACUAUGGCCACCAAAACCAGUCCCAAGACCUAGAGCUGUCCAUGCAGAUGUACGCACAGGCAGCGCUGGAUGGAGACUCCCAGGGAUUUUUUAACCUGGCCCUGCUAAUUGAAGAAGGUGCUAUAAUCCCACACCAUAUUUUGGAUUUCUUGGAAAUUGAUCCAACAGUCCAUUCUAAUAACAUCUCCAUUCUCCGAGAACUGUAUGAAAGGUGCUGGAACCAUAGUAACGAGGAGUCCUUCAGCCCCUGCUCCCUGGCCUGGCUGUACCUCCACUUGCGGCUUAUCUGGGGCGCCGUCCUGCACUCUGCCCUGAUCUACUUUCUGGGAACCUUCCUGCUCUCCGUAUUGAUCGCUGGGACCGUGCAGUAUUUCCAGUCUGUCUCAGACAACGGUUCCCCUCCAGUACCAGCCCGGGUCUCCCCAGACCCCACCGCUUCCACUGCAGGUCCACCUGUGACUCCAGCUGCAGGCGCCUCCGACCAGGACCAGCCCGCGGUCACUGGUAACCCAGAGCCACGAGGGUGAACUGCGCGCUCCAGGUCUCUGCAGUCCAAGGGAGUCCUCCCCAUGGCUGGUACUGGAAGGCUGGGGCCAGGGCAUUGUACUGACAAACACCUUAAAAAUCCUGUUGGCUGGAUGCACCUUUUGCACUCGGUGUCAUUUCUUUUUCAAUCACAUUACGGGGAUGAGCUCAGAGCAGAGAGUCGUUACACCAAAGGUUAUCAAACAGACCCGAGCAACAUCGUGAUCAGAGGGCCUGUGGGGGAGGUCAGCUGGUCAGCACAGGCUUUGUUCCCGGUGACUGUGUUUGGGGAGUCACAGUUUGCCUUGUGGCACAUCCGGAUUCUUACACACACAGAGAUAUUUUAAAGAGUCUUUGUCCUUUGUUCAUUCUCUUUUAUCAAAGAACAGAAAUUUGUGACUUCUCUACAAGAUAGAUAAUGUCGCAGUACCCAUGAUUGCCACAGCCUGCUCUUCAGAAUCCAACUGGCAGAUUUCUCCCUGACUUCCAAAACCCAGCAGUUACAAAGCACCUUGAAAUAAAUAGUGAAUGGCUGGAGACACCGGGAUGGCAAUGGCUUUGUAAAUUGGUUUACAUUUUUCUCCUCGAAUUUUUCUAGGGUCAUAGUGCUUCCAAAUCAUUUGAUGACAUUGUUGGAUAACUUUUCUGUUUCAACUGCAAUCCACAACAUAACAUCUAGGAAAUUCUUGGUAUUUAAGUGUAGUCUUCUCCGUGAAUUACCCACUAGAAUAGACUGGCAGCAGUGGGAUAUGCAGAAAACAAGCCUUUAGCUCAUAGUUUCACCUCCUACCCUUGUUCCUGCCUGAGUCUGGGUAGGGGAGUCUGUGUGUGUGUGUGUGUGUGUGUGUGUGUGUGUGUAGGAGAGCAAGGAAAAGCAGAAUGUCUGUAUACUGUGAGCUGCUAGUGUAGUAAAUAAACCAGUAAUGCAAUAUUGUGGGUCCACACUACUCUUUGCACUACUUUAUUUACAGUAGUAAAUAAAAUUAUUUUUAUACAGUUGA